AUGCCAAGGAAGAAGUCUGCUUCUAUUCUGAUUUUUAUAAUUGCUUUAUUUAUAUUGAAUUUCACAAUCCCUAACAGGGAGUUAAUCAAGUCAACAAAUAUCAAAAAGAGAAACCAGAAAAGUUUGGAAACAACGUUAUCGAUAGGACGAUUUGAGCGUCGCCGCCAUGAUCGUGGGAAAACUGCUAAAACACACUUUAAAUACUCAAAACAAAAACCAAAUAACGAAAAGAAAGUUUAUGUCGUCACAGACAAUAAAAGGAGUUUAAAUCAAGCAAUCAACCAUCUCCAGAGGCAGUUCCCAACCGUAAUCAUUCUWGGUGUCAAAAAGGCUGGUACCAGGGCACUUUUAGAAGCCCUUCAAAUGCACCCAAAGGUAGUUGGAGCUUCAAAUGAGGUGUAUUUUUUUAAUGGGUUUCAUACAAGAGGUCUUGAAUGGUACCGCCAAAAGAUGCCCCUGUCCUCCUCUGAUCAAAUAACAAUAGAAAAAAGCCCAACGUACUUCACGAGCGUAGAAAAGACCCAAGUAGUGCAUAGGAUGUUUGUGUUUUCAAGAUCUACAAGCAAACCSCUGAAACUCUUGGUAGUWGUGCGCGACCCCRCUGAACGGUGUUUGUCCGAGUACAMCGACCUACUGGCACGAAGCCGCAAGGACAAAAUAMCAGCUGUAAAUGAGAAGUUUGARAGCUUUGUUCUCAACAAAAAUGGUUCAGUGAAUGCGAAUUCAUCUCUUGUAAAGACAGGAGUUUAUAUUAAACAUUURCGGCAAUGGUUGGAGUAUUUCCCGCCAAACGAGAUUCACUUUGUCAGCGGAGAGGGMCUGGUUAAAAACCGUUAUAAGGAAAUCAAGGCUGUAGASACGUUUCUUGGUCUGCAACCUUUCUUUACGAAAAGAAAUUUCAAAUUUGAGCAACGAAAAGGUUUUCCAUGUUUUGUCCCUGAUGGUUCYGAUGAGGGUAAAUCGUUCUGUCUCCCACCAAACAAAGGYCGUAAACACGUACAAGUAAAAAGAAGAACUUUACAACUACUACGAGAAUUUUACCGACCUUACAACAAACAGUUUUAUGCAAUAGUUAGAAGGAACUUCWAUUGGUCUUAAAACAUGUUCGAAGAGCAAGAAACUGCAAAAGUUGCCAUAUCACCUUKGCCAUGCAGCCUAACUUGUUUCUCCUUUAUUUUGUCACAGUUUUCCCCCUCAGCCCCCUUUCAUCAAUAUUGGGUCUUGUUCUAGAUGGUUGUGUACUAUGGUAACAUGAUCAAUGACAACAUUGUAUUUAGGGGGUCAGGGGGGGUCAGGGGGGAUGAAAAAAGAAAAUCCGCAAAAAUGAUGCAAGGUUUUUGGCAAAGAUUGCAGUAUAACAUGAUGUGCAUAGAAAAAUGUCUCUACUAAAUAAGCAUGCCUUGUCUACUGCAAAUACAAUGUUAUUAAAUUUGGCAA